AUGUCGCCCGGCCGUCCGCCUGUCACCAUCGCACGGGCGGCUUGGCCACAGCGGUGGGAUGUGCGUGGUUGCGACGCUGAACAGCUGACGCCGAGCGUGUUCCAGCUGGAGCGCACGCUGGGAACGUCAAUCCUGUGGUCUGCAUUUGCAUGUGCGCGCCAGGGAGGCGGCGAGGGCGAUUUCGACAGAUCCACGAGCCCCGGUGUGACGGCGCAGCGGACGAUAGGUCGCCAGCGCGCCGUGGAGCACCCAUCACGGCGCAGUGGGUGGCGUCCCCUGUACCCCUGUAUCUACCGGUCGCAAUAUGUCUUCCGGGAGAUGACGGAGUGGGCAGUCGUGAAGAGACCGCAGACCCUCGAACGGGGGCGCAACAGACCCGGACAAGCAGCAGCAGCAGCAGCAGCAGCAGCAGCAGCAGGAACAGCAGCAGGAACAAGGUUUGCGUGCGAGGCCGAGCCUGAGACGAACGUGCGGGACUGGAGUGGGCUGGAAGCUCGCAUUUACACGUCAUUUCCCGAAGAGCACUAG